AUGGGCAAGUCUUCUACAUCAAGCCAGCCACAAAAAUCUUCCACCAAAUGCCGACUUCGGUUGAUUCCCACAACUCCCCGACCGGAGGGUACAACGCCUUCGACUGCACAACCAGUACAGAUUCCGAAUGUGGGUACAUCCCGGCUGCCGGAGACGUCAACUGGCAACUUGUACUCUGAUAUCAUUAGAGAGCAGCAGGAGUCGCCGUUUCCACCUCUGUUUUCAUCUCUUCUUCCUCGUCAAGGAAGGAGGAACCUGGAUCUGCGUAGAAGUCUUCGUUGUUGGAGUUUUUGUUGCACCCCGAGGGGUAACAUCUCCGCAUUUCUAAUACUGCUUUCGCCAAUAGGAACAUUCGCGAGGAUAGUUAAAAAGCGAUCGACGGAAGAUUUCUCGAGCUUCCCAUACAUAUGUAUGGUGUUGAAUGCAUCGCUGUGGACUUACUACGGAAUCAUCAAACCAGAUGCGUUGCUCGUAGCUACAGUCAAUGGAUCUGGCAUCAUUAUAUCCACCGUCUACCUCUUUCUCUAUCUCGCAUUUGCUCCUGCUAAGAUCAGGGCGAGGACGGCGGUGAUGGAUGUAGGGUUUGUGGUGGUGGCGAUUUGGGUGAGUAGGUUUGAAUUGGAGGGAGAAUCAAGCAUCAAUUUCACUGGGUUUCUGUGUGCGUGUUUCAACAUUCUUCGAUACGCUUCGCCUUUGUCUAUCAUGAGACAAGUGGUGAUAACAAAGAGUGAGGAAUACAUGCCACUCUUGCUUUCAAUUUGCCUAUGUGCCAAUGGACUGACCUAGGCUACUUACGCGAUGCUAGUUCGUGACAUUUUUCUCCUUGUACCGCAUAGCAUGGGGUUUUUACUUGGAGUAUCACAGUUAGUACUCUAUACUAUCAAUGUAUAGAAAAGCAAAGUCAUCAAAUAAUGCAAUUGGAAUUGGUGAUUUGGAAGAGACAUGUGAACAUCACCAACAACUCCUUGUUCCACAUCAACAUUGAUUAUUCUUGUGUGCUAAAAUUUCAUAUUGUCCAAAUAUGGAGCAACUAAUUUCACUACUGAACUUUUUAUAUUUAGUGCAAUGUUUACA